AUGAGAGAGAACAACGUGGUUGUUGGGCAGGGACAAGAGAAUUACGGAUCAGGACCUUUUCGUCAUUUCAGGGACGGAAUCUGGCGUCCAUUCAUGAAAUCGAGAUCCACUGUCAUUCUCGGCUUCCCCAUCUUCCUAAUCGUCGGCGCGUUGUUGUGCACGCGCUUGCUCGACACACAUCAGGUCGUUUCCGGGGGUUCAUCUACCAAACCAAUAUUAACCACUACAUUAUUUGACACACAACCUUACACAAUCUCCGAAAAACCAAAGCCCAAAGAGAUCCCAUUGAACUGCGAUGCAUACAACCUCACCCGAACAUGUCCCACCAAUUAUCCAAUCUCAAGGGAUAAUCAUCACCGUUCAUCGAGUCCCACGUGUCCAGAGUACUUCCGUUGGAUCCACGAAGAUCUGAGACCCUGGGCCCACACGGGGAUAACAAAGGAGAUGGUGGAGAGGGCAAAAGCAACAGCAAACUUCAAGUUAGUGAUAUUGAAAGGGAAGGCUUAUUUGGAGACUUAUGAAAAGGCAUUUCAAACAAGGGAUGUUUAUACUUUGUGGGGUAUUCUACAAUUGUUAAGGAGGUACCCUGGAAAGGUGCCUGAUUUGGAACUCAUGUUUGAUUGUGUUGAUUGGCCAGUGGUUUUAACAGAUCAUUAUAAUGGGCCUAAUGCUGAGAACCCACCACCACUCUUUCGCUAUUGUGGUAAUGAUGCCACCUUGGAUAUUGUCUUCCCUGAUUGGUCCUUUUGGGGAUGGCCUGAGGUUAAUAUAAAGCCAUGGGAGAUUUUGUUGGGAGAGUUGAAAGAAGGUAACAAGAGGUCAACAUGGUUAAACAGAGAGCCUUAUGCUUAUUGGAAAGGUAAUCCUGCUGUUGCUGAAACUAGACAAGACCUUAUGAAAUGCAAUGUUUCUGACAAACAAGAAUGGAAUGCUCGUUUAUAUUCCCAGGAUUGGGGACGAGAAUCACAAGAAGGGUACAAGAAAUCAGACUUGGCAGGCCAAUGCACUCAUAGAUAUAAGGUGUACAUUGAAGGUUCUGCUUGGUCAGUCAGUGAAAAAUACAUUCUGGCAUGUGAUUCUGUCACUUUACUUGUAAAACCACAUUACUAUGAUUUUUUUACAAGAGGGUUAAUUCCGGUGCAUCACUAUUGGCCCAUUAAGGAAGAUGACAAGUGCAGAUCCAUUAAAUUUGCCGUGGAUUGGGGCAAUGGUCACAAGAAAAAGGCACAUAAUAUUGGAAAGGCAGCAAGUGAUUUCAUUCAAGAAGAGUUAAAGACGGAUUAUGUGUACGAUUACAUGUUUCAUCUCCUGAAUUCUUACGCUAAACUCUUUAGAUACAAACCCUCUAUAAGUGAUAAAGCAAUUGAACUAUGUGUGGAGUCAAUGGUUUGCAAUGCAGAAGGAUUGGAAAAGAAAUUUAUGAUGGAAUCAUUGGUCAAGGGUCCUGCAAACACCAAUCCCUGCACCCUGCCUCCCCCUUAUGAUCCUUCAUCUUUGCAUGCGCAAUUAAGGAGAAAGGAAGGUUCAAUUCAACAAGUGGAAUUAUGGGAGAAAAGUUAUUGGGAAAAACAGAACAUGAAAUCUUAAUGUAUAUUUUUCCCAAUCUUCAAAUGAACAUAUAUUCAUUUCUUAGAUUAAUUGUUUUUUAUCCAUCCACAUAUAGGGUUCUUUUUGGGAGAUAUAAAUAGAAUACACCUUAUCUCAUAGUUGGCUAAAU